CUUCGCAUCGAUGCAGGUCCUGUGUUCCGAUGCGAAGAACCAGGUUGUCACGAAGGCUUUCCACAAAAGGACAAGCUCAUCAAGCAUCAGGAACGACACGCUAAGCCAUCCAAAUGUCCAGUUCCAGAAUGCGAGUACAGCAAGACCAGAUUCGCGCUCCGGAAAGAUCUUGAUCGUCACCAGCGCUCCAAACAUCGAAGCCAUGGGUCUGAACUUCUCUGUCCUGAUCCCAAAUGCAAGCGCGCAAAACUGGGCAAGGGAUGGCCACGUCGCGAUAACCUUCUUCGGCAUGUGA